AUGGCGACCGCAGUCUCCCAGGGGGUCCCUGGCACUACCUUCAAGGACAAGGAGAAGCCUAUGGCGGUUCGGACAGCCAAUAUUCUGGCUGCUAGAGCCGUCGCGGAUGCCAUCAGAACAUCUCUGGGGCCCAGAGGAAUGGAUAAGAUGAUUCAAACACCCAAGGGAAACACAAUUAUCACCAACGAUGGAAACACGAUGUUGAGAGACAUGAGCGUGAUGCACCCUGCGGCCAGGAUGCUUGUCGAUCUGAGUGCUGCUCAGGAUGUCGAAGCUGGUGAUGGAACAACUUCCGUGGUCGUGAUCGCUGGUAGCUUGCUCGGAGCCGCCGAGCGCCUGUUGGGCAAGGGUAUCCAUCCGACCAUCAUCUCCGAAUCUUUCCAGAGAGCCGCUGCUGCUGCGGUGGAAAUCCUCCAAAACAUGUCUCGGCCAAUCAACCUGAUGGACCGUGCUACUCUCCUGCAAGCCGCUUCUACAUCGCUAUCGUCCAAGAUCGUAUCGCAGCACUCUGGUCUCCUUGGCCCCAUGGCCGUGGAUUCGGUGCUCAAGGUGAUCGAUCCUAAGACAGCAGACAAUGUGGAUCUGAGAAACAUCCGGAUUGUGAAGAAGGUUGGCGGUACAAUUGAGGACAGUGAGAUGGUUGACGGUCUCGUCUUGAACCAGCCCGUCAUCAAGAGCAGCGGCGGCCCCUCAAGAAUCGAGAAGGCCCGGAUAGGCUUGAUUCAGUUCCAGCUUAGCCCUCCCAAGCCCGAUAUGGAGAACCAAAUCGUUGUCAACGACUACCGUCAAAUGGACAAGAUCCUCAAGGAAGAACGCCAGUACCUCCUGAACAUGAUCAAGAAGAUCCAGAAGACCAAGUGCAACGUCCUUCUCAUCCAAAAAUCGAUCCUCCGUGACGCCGUCAACGACCUCUCCCUUCACUUCCUUUCACGACUCAAGAUCCUUGCAAUCAAGGACAUUGAGCGGGAUGAGGUUGAGUUCCUGUGCAAGAGUCUCGGCUGCAAGCCAGUCGCCAACAUUGAUUCCUUCACUGAGGACAAGCUGGGUACUGCUGAUCUUGUCGAGGAGGUUCAGGCGUCCGGUGCUCGGUACGUAAAGAUCACCGGCAUCAAGGCACCUGCCACCGCUGCCAACCAGACCGUGUCUAUCGUCGCUCGCGGUGCCAACAACCUGAUUCUGGAUGAGGCCGAACGGUCUCUGCACGACGCUCUCUGUGUCAUUCGUUGCUUGGUUAAGAGGCGCGCCCUUAUCGCCGGUGGUGGUGCCCCUGAAAUUGAGGUCGCUCACUCUCUGGCAAAGCGGGCCCGUGAGCUCGCUGGCACCGAGGCUAUCUGCUGGAAGGCGUUUGCGGAAGCCAUGGAGGUUAUUCCAACCACGUUGGCCGAGAAUGCUGGUCUGAAUUCGAUCAAGGUUGUCACAGAGCUGCGACACCGCCACGCUCAAGGCCAGCACAAUGCUGGUGUCAGCAUCCGUAGUGGCGGUGUGCGGGACGACAUCACGGAGGAGAACAUUCUGCAGCCGCUCUUGGUGAGCACCAGCGCGAUCGAACUUGCGGCUGAGACGGUAAAGAUGAUUAUGAGAAUUGAUGACAUCGCUCUCUCGAGAUGA